ACCCUCGCCGGUUGGGCGCGGGUCUGAGCACAUCCGUCUUCCAACAGAUCGCGGCGAGUCCAGAAGAACUCAAAAGGCGCCGCCACCAACUCACCGCGAAAGGCCCUUUCAGAGCCUGUGCGCCACUCCUCGCGGCGUCGUUCUUGCUCGAUAACCUACCGCGAUGCAUCUCCCCUCCUUGGCCCGUCUCGAGACAUAAAGAUAUAAGCCAUGCGAUUUGCUUCUCCUUCACUUCAAUGCAUCGCUGCUGCCGCGACCUCCAACGCCACCAUGUAUUCUCCCCGCGUUAAUGCUCGAUGCCGGAAUCCACGGCGCCGUGGCUUCUGCGACCGGCCGCCGCAGGACAGCCAAGAAGGCGCCGGCGGGCUCGUGAGUGGAGACUCGCACCUGAGGACCGUAAGGGACGCGAAUCAUGGGUUCCGGCAGGGGCAGAGGGGCGGCGCUUGGGUUCCCUCGGGCCCUCCGCGGCCACCAUACGGCCCGCGGCCACGGCAGGGGCAGAGGGGCGGCGCUUGGGUUCCCUGGGGCCCUCCGUGGCCACCAUACGGCCCACGACCACAGACGCCGUACCAUGCCCCUCCGCCGUACCAUGUCCCUCCGCCGCCGCGGUCCCAUGGAAUGCCUCCGCCGCCAGCUUUUAGAACGCCUGCCCCGGCGUUCGGCCCGCCGCAGCCGGCCUUCCACCAGCCUCUACUGCCCAGGCUUGCGGAUUAUUACAGGAAUUGGAACUUCGCUUUUUCACAGCCGCCCCCUCAGUGUGAGCGGUUUAUUAUGCUCUCAUACAAUAUACUCGCGGACUACCUUGCUAGAGAUCAUCGAUCCAAACUUUACUUUCACAUUCCACCUUACAUUUUGGAUUGGGAAUGGCGAAAGAAAAAGUUAUUAUUAGAGUUCGGAUUGUGGGCUCCUGAUAUAAUGUGUCUUCAGGAAGUAGAUAGAUUUCAAGAUCUAGAAGCAGAACUGGCAAUUCGAGGAUAUAAUGGUAUUUGGAAGAUGCGCACUGGAAAUGCUGUUGAUGGAUGUGCAAUCUUUUGGCGAACAAAUAGAUUCCAGCUGCGGCAUGAAGAGCACAUUGAAUUCAAUAAACUUGGGCUUCGAGAUAAUGUUGCCCAGAUUUGUGUUCUGGAGUCAAGGAUUCAAAGCCGUUCCGAAAAAGAGCUUGCAUCUUUACCUGCAAGCUCUGAUCAAUCAAGACAAGCUAAUCAGGUUGUUAUAUGUAACAUUCAUGUUCUGUACAAUCCAAAGAGAGGAGAAAUUAAGCUUGGUCAGGUAAGGAUGCUUCUUGACCGAGCUUAUGCUGUUUCUAAGAUCUGGAAUGAUGCUCCAGUAAUUAUUUGUGGAGAUUUCAAUUGUACACCUAAGAGCCCACUGUACAAGUUUAUAUCUGAGAAUAAGAUAAGCUUGUAUGGACUUGCUCGGGAUCAGGUAUCAGGACAAUAUGCUGCUAGUAUUUAUGCACCAGGAUCCUCUGGUGGUCCUAACUUGUCCAGGUACCGGCCUCCUAAUGUUAAUUCUAAUGACACAGCAAAUAACAUUGAGCAAUGUACGGACACUUGCAGUCACUGCAAACAUCAAAAUGAUAUUGAAAAUGCAAAUUUAACAGAAAAAAUUUCUUCCCCUCAGGGACAGACAGGCUUGCUAGAUUUUUCUCUGGCACCUUGCUCUGUUAGUUGUCAUAUGGAUAGGAAUAACACAUCACAUGAUGUUGCCACUAGUGAAAUAGGUGGAACAGAAAUCUCAAAUGGUCAGUCUGUUCAGUCUAGCUCUGCUGAAUGUGGACCUGCUGAUCCAUCAGAAAGUGUUAGAAGCUGCAUCCAGCUAAAGACUAACAAAGAGUUCUCUCAGUCUGAUCCAGACGUAUCCUAUGAGUUGAUUGAUAAUCCUCAGCUGGGUUCUUCUACUGAGAACAGGGAGAUCUCUCAGGGACUCCUUGAUUCAUCAUCUGAAAUGGAAAAUAAAAAUACAGAAGUUUUAGUUGUCUCUACAUCGCAUAAAGACUUCAUUGGCAAUGAAACUCAGAAAGAAAAUACAGAUGAUAGUUGGACUUCAUCAACUAGCACUAAGAAUUGUUCAUCAGAUACGGUUGCAGAGAAGUCAGUGCUUGCUGAGACAGUUCUUUAUAAUGAUGCUGAUACUGAAGUCUCUACUUUGGAAAGCAUGGAUAAUUCCUCGGUUACUGAAAAGGAAAAGGCUGGCCUUGUUAUAUCCUGUCAAUCUACAUGCAAGAGCAACCAGUUAGAUUUAUCCACUUGUGGUGAUUCAGAAGUGGAUCUGACAUUGCUCAGUUUAUCACUUGAUAAAGUAGGGGUAAAAGGGAGAGAAGAUAAAAGUAGCUCUGAAAAUUAUGACAUUAAUUCAUCAGGUGAGAUUCCAGCAUUCAUUCCAAAUGAUGCCUCUUCAUCCAAUACCGAUAAUUGUAAUAAAUCUGAACUAGCGGAUUCUGCAGUCAGUCAAUUCUCAAUGAGUUCUACUGUUGGACCAUCUAAGGGUCAGGUGGAAGACAAUACUGGUGUCAGUGGAAAUAAUAUUUUGCUCGAUGAUAUAUGUAGUUCCGAAGAAAAUUCUGACCCUAAUUUUUUCAAAGAGCUUAUUGGAUCAGAGGAUUUCUGUAGAUUUGGCGAGGUUAUAUCACCAGCAGGCUCUGGUGAAAAUCAACCAUCAUCUGGCAUACGCUGCUUGGAGAUGGAUCCAUCAGCUAUCGAGAUUCAGGAAGAUUCACUCGUGACAGCUCCUGCUGCUGCUAAUCUAGAGAAGCAUUCAUAUAAUCCAUAUUUAUGGACUCCAGUGGAAAUUGAGAUUGCAUCAGGAAAUGCAGAAUGCACAACUGUUGAACAUAAUUUAAAAUUAAGGAGUGCAUAUGUGGAUGUAAAGGAUUAUGCAGGGACAAAGGAUUCAAGCGGAGAACCCCAGGUUACCAGUUACAACAGGCUGUUUAUGGGCACAGUUGACUAUAUAUGGUGCUCUGAAGAUCUCCAGACUGUUAAAGUGCUGGAUACAAUCCCUAAACAUGUUUUGCAACAGACUCCAGGCUUCCCCACCAAGAAAUGGGGGAGCGACCAUAUUGCCUUGGCUUGCCAAUUGGCAUUUACAAAGGACUUAAAGACUAAAUAGAUUCGGUGCGUAAUAAUGCAUAUGAUAUUUAUUUUGCCGUAGGAUUGUAUGCUGUUGCCACAAAUGGAUAAGCUGUUAUUGUUGUUUAUUUUGUUUAUUAUAUACAUCAAGCAUGUGAGCAAGUGUAUAUAAUUCAGUCUCGAGAAGACAUAACAGGUUUCAUCCCUUUUUUUAAAUGUCCCUAAUUUUCUUAUCUUUGUUCUAAAUGGUUUUUUUUU